GCCCCGUCGGGGUAUCUGCGGGCGGAGGCCCCAGUCCCUACCCUCAGCCCGGUGGCGCUGGCAGCACCGUGGGUCUCCGGGGUCUCGCAGCACCAGGGCAGAGGGUCUGCUCCGCGUGGAGGUGGCCGCCCCUGUCCCCAGCCUCAGCGUCCUGCGGACCCCUUGGGAAUCGGUCUCCAGUGGUGCGGGGCUGAGCGCCCCAGGCGUCCCUCUGCGGGCGGCGUGAACCAGAGGUCCUCGGGGCUUCGCGGAGCACGGGGUCCCCAGGACCCCCACCACCGCUCGGCACCACCCUUCCCGGAUCCCUGCGAGCGGCAGUGGAUGGAGCCCCGAAGCCCGGCUCCCCGAGGCCUUGAGGUUGCAGCAGCAGCAGCAGCAGCAGCAGCAGCAGCGGGGACCGCAUUUCCGAAGCUGGGACAUGAAGGUCGCAGUGCUGGACCUCGGGUCCCUCUUUGCCAAAAUCUUCAAGACCUCUAUGGCGCCCCCAGGGGUUCCCUCCCCUGUCGCCUCCUCCAGCCACACAGAAGGCGCUGCCACCUCCGGGCUGGCAGCCCCCACCCUGACCCUCCUCCCCGCCCUGGCGCCGGACUCACCCUCCACCUCGCGGGGGGCGCCGGCCGCGCUCCAUCCUCGGCUCACGGCCUCCUACCCCAGGGUCUCAGUCGGGAGCCGCGGGACAGAAGCACUAGGGACCCCCUUCUCACUGCCCAGUAGCCCGAGAGCAACCAAAGUCCAGGCCCUGCCCCCGGCCCCCUCCGGCGGUGGCUGCAGCGCCGCGAGCUCCCCGGCUCACCUGGCGGCGGUGGCGCGGCCGCCCCCCGGCCCUCCUGGCGGGGUGUGGACCGCGCUGCCGUCUAUCGGGGGCUCCACGGGCAGCAGCGGUGCAGCCUUGAGCCCCCGGAACUCCCGCCAGCCUGGCCCCGGAGACCGAGAGCCCAGCGCUGGGAUGCCCCCUGGACCUGGCCCCAAGACCCUCUUCUUCACCUUGCCGGACAUCGGCGAGGAGUGGGCCUCGGACAGCGACCCGGAGGAGGGCGGAGACGCAAGAGGACUGUCCAAAGGAUCUGGAAAACACAAUAUUUCUGGGAAAAACGAAGAUCCUCUACCUACACGUUUUACAAGAAAUGUGCAGAAGGCCAUCGGUAAAUAUACCUGCGACUCCUCCUCCUCAUUUUCCUCCGAUGGAAGCCCCGCCCCCACGGAAGGCCACAGCUCUUGGUCUGGGUCCGGGACGCGCAGCCCCCCCACCGGCGUAUCCACCGAAAGGAGCUCCAUCUGCUCUUGGAGAGAUGACGAGUUUGACAAAAGCAGUGCACAGAAGGUACAGCAGCUGUUCUGGGAGGUGGAGGAAAUGUUGUUUGAAGGGAAAGUGAGCCCUCCCACCCAGAACCUGGUGGCCGAAUGCACCGAGUGGGCAAGGCGGUCCGUGCACCUGAGAGUAUUGGGAAGACAGAUUGUCCUGCCCACUGAUGAAGGGGUCCGCCACUUCCAGGGCAGCGAGCCUCGCUCCACGGCCCACGACCCCUUCUCGGACACCCGUGAACGCCACGGCAGCAUCAGACAGUUGUGCAUCUCCGGCUCUCAGAUACUCCCAGCAGCACUUGCAGCCCCAGCCGAGCCAGGUCCCGACUGCACAGGGGCGGCCGACCGCAUGGCGUGUCCGUCCCUGCAAGAGGAGGUCUAUGACGUGGAAGGGAAGAUCGAAGAGUAUUUCGCUUUCGAUGGAAAAGAGGAUGACGAUGAACGCCCCAGACGAAAAUCAGCUCACCGUUACCGGACGUGGCAUAAACACGGACUUCCACCCGUGUCCCCACAUGACUGUAUCAAAGAUGCCGUGGCUGCAGAAGUGUUCGAUCGUGUCUGGACAAACGUGGUAGAAGUAUUGGAGGAGCUGGUUAGAAAAAACUGGGAAAUUACGCUCACAGGGGGAAAAACCCAGAAGGAAAAAUUGAAAGCAGCUGAGACGAGAUCUCCACAGGUCCUCGUUUGCCGUAUGACCACCGAUGUCUCAAGUGCUCCUCCAUCCAGAAGUUCAGAAACUCGAAGCGUCUCGCUGGCUUCUCACCCUAACCCGCCUCCGAUUCAUCGCUCCUCCAACCAUGUUUAUAAUGAUCUGAAUGGUGUGAUGACAAUUCAAGCAAAACCACUUCAACAGAGACCCACCUACUUGGCCGAUAGGACACAGAAUGACCAGGAGGACAGAUCAGUGAGUGUCGGGGCCAGUGCGCUGUCCUCGGCGCGCUGCCACCUGGGACGAACCUCAGACACGCGUGGGCUGCAGACUCCUGCCAAGAAAACACCCAUCCACAGGAGGCUGCCUUCUCUUCCUGCAGACCCACAGAGGCUGAGAACCCCCACUGUGGACAGCGAUGAGCUGCACAGGGGAACGAAACUGCACACUGGCCUAGACCACCUGUCCUCCCCGCUGGUCCCAGCCCCGCGGACCAGGCUGCCCCCGAUAGGCUCCGAGGCUGCCGAACGGAAUGUGGCACUUCCCGGAUCUCGCCCUGCUUCCUACAGAGGAAGGCACACACACCAAGUGUUAAGCGCAGCACCUGAUAAAAUAGUCCGAUCACCUCGUCACGAAAGACCCUUGGCCACGGAACAGCUUUCAAGGCCCAGCACAACCCAUACGUUUCGGUCAGACACGCCUCGGAAAGGCUCGUUGACACUGGUGGAGUUGGCUGGCCACACCUGGACAGGUCAAGGUUUGCUGACAGGCUCACAGUAUCCAUCUAAAUCUUUUCAGAGGACAACUUGGACCGUAAGAAAGAGAUUCCAGGUGGCGUCGUGAUGCAACUCCGCCAGAGCUGCAGCACCCUGUGGGAGCAUUCAGAGCCUCCCACUCACCAUGGAACAAUGGAAGAACAAGUGUUAUGUUGUGUAUCUGUUGGCCUGCUGGUCUGAGACAUUAAACUAUCUGAGAGAAAUGUAGACAAACAACUUAAUUUUGAACACUUUGCGUCAUUAACAGAAUGCAAGUCAAACUCACAAAUCUUAUCAGAAGCAUUCCGAUAUGGAUUCUUUAGGCUUUGCUCAGAAGAAUCCAAUAUAUAUUUAUGAUUCAUCCUUUCACCAAUUAUACACAAACAUGCACAUAAUCAACACACAUGUUCACCCACUGCUUAAUAUAUAAAAAUAUAUUUUCUAGUAAUAUGCCAUUUUAUAGCUUUGUGUCUUGACCUAUUUUUAGGUAUGUCUUGUUCCAUGACUAAUUCCAUCAGAGCCCUAGUCACUAACGAUAUGAUUUCCUUCUUUAGAAAAUGGCCCAGUCAUCUGCGGUGCGGCGUGCCCGUGGGACUGAGGUCCAGGCUGCCCUAGUCGUUGUCUGUAGUUUAGUCCCGAACCUCUUUGAGGAAGGACAGCGGCCGAGUCUCCCAAGCCGAUUUUGUCGAACUGGUUUUCCUGUUCCAAUUCAGGCGCUCGGUUUAGAAGUAUCCCCUGUUUAUUGUUUUUAAAGCCAAUCGACUGAUUUUGAUUAUGACUAUAAACAUAAUUAAAGUGUGUCGCAUGUGGUUUCAUCUUUAUUGUUUACAAUGGAAGAGUCCAUCCGUCGGAGAGAAGGCUCUGCAGCAGCGCCUUCCUUGUCAUCGCAACCUGACCUUUCCCCGGGUGUCCCCUGUGGACGUAAAACCUUCCCCCAUGCCUCCGUCUAAAGCAGCAGUGCCCUCCUCUCUCUGAGCUCUCGCCCUGCUUUAUGUUCCUCCGGAGCCUGUGUCCCUGCUGACGUGGACACAGGCGGUGGAACAGAGGCUGCGGAGAGGAGAUAGAUGAUCCUUCGGAGGCGAGGCUCUCUCUCGGGCCAUCUCUCCUUCCCUUCUCUCCCCGGUGGUUUCUCCUCGUAGUCGUUUAAACCCGCAGGCCCAUUUUGAUCUUCUCAGAUCGCAACUUACCAUAAUGUCUUCUUUUCUACCAGAGAAUUAUAUUUUGUCAAUUUAAGUUUUAUUAAUCCAAAAGGAAACUUUACAUACAUCGGCAUAUAUAUUCCUACAAACGUCUAAUAAAUUAUUUCUGGUUGGAAGAA